AUGUCUCGAGAACAUGUGUACCUUCGAGUGCCUCGCACCGGGGAUGUUUAUGUUGUAAACCCGGAGCCAAGGAGAUGUGUGGGUCGAGUGAUACCCACAGCAGCACUGAGGGGUGCAGAACUGGUCGGAGAAGGUUGCUCAAACAUUCGCGUCGGCCUUCUUCCAGCCCCACCAAUAGCCUUGUCGGUCCAUGGGUCUGAAGGUUCAAGCUCAUUGACACGACUGAUUAGUUCCUUGAUGAGUGGUCCGGCCGAAUGUCGUGGGAAUUCCAGUUGUGCGGUUAACGUCAUAAAUGUCCUCAUAUACAUCCGAAAAAGACCACAGACAGUUUCUGUAGUGCCACCGAAUAUACAGAUCGUUACAUUGGGCACAUCAGCCAGCGACAAAAACCCUUCAAACCACAGUCUGUUGCUAUUUCUUCCACAGGACCAUUAUGCAGUGAAACUACACAUAGAAAAAGGUCUUGUUCGAGUCGAUCCAAUCAAACCUCAGCAAAGUGAAAGAUCUCAGGAUAGAUUUGUCGGGGAAGCUACUUAUGCAGCGGACUACAAAGCAUGGGAUUUAGAGCCGCAUCAGAACUGCGGUCCGAAAUACGAAUACCGAAAGCCGUCUGUGGAUUUUAAUGGAGAACCAAUCUAUACUUCCGAUUACGUCGAUCAUGGUGUUGUAAAGCCUCCGAGCGCUUUUAAGCCGUUGAUUCAACCAAUCCAGAGUGAACCUUUUGAUGCAAUAACCACCUUUACGGCGGAUUACGUGCCCAAACACGGAGGUAAACAAAGGCCUUUCCGUCCGAAUCACACGACAGUGCACUCUGAUUUGCCAUUUUCAAAUGAAACAACACAUCGUGCUGACUACACUGAAUGGCCUCUUUCUCAGCAAUAUCAUAGGAUUCCUGAGGAGUACAAACCAAACGCUGCCGAAUUCGACGGUCGAACCACUUACACAACCAAUUACGUUCCUGUGAAGUGUGAAAAAGCUAAAAUCAUAAAACCAGCUUACCAAAACCUAGAUCCAAACAGGGAGUUUUCGGAUUUGACCAACUACAAAAAGGAGUACCGCAAGUGGUCUCUAAAAGACCGUUCGGCUCCUGCUCGAGGACCUUUAAAAUACGUGCCACCCGAGGUGCCCUUCCACGGACAGACGAUCUAUCAGAACGAAUACAUUCCCAAACAGCGCGAUCCCUGUCCAGUGCUGCAACUUCAAUAUAAUCCUGAUGUCGUUUGCGAGGGAGAGGAUGAAUAUGGUCAUAAGUUUUUUUCGACACGCGAUCAGAAGAAACAGAACCCAUCCGCGAUUAUCGCGGCCCAUUGA